AUGACGACCGAGACCCCUCAGCAGCAGCUGGACCCUCCGCCUCCUCUAAGAUCCAGCCCGGCGUCCGGCGUCUUGCACCCCGCCAUGCUGAGCCCACAAGCCGCCACAGAAAGCUCGUCCACCGCCGCCAAAGGAAAGAAGACGAGCUCCGGUUUGCGACGGCCGGAAAAGCCACCGUACUCCUACAUUGCUCUCAUCGUUAUGGCAAUACAGAGCUCCCCCACCAAACGGCUGACACUCAGUGAGAUUUACCAGUUCCUUCAGGCUCGCUUCCCAUUCUUCAGGGGCUCAUAUCAGGGCUGGAAGAACUCAGUCCGGCAUAAUCUUUCGCUCAACGAGUGCUUCAUCAAACUGCCCAAAGGACUGGGCAGGCCGGGGAAAGGCCACUACUGGACCAUCGAUCCGGGUAGUGAGUUCAUGUUCGAGGAGGGCUCGUUUCGUCGCAGACCCAGAGGCUUUAGAAGAAAAUGUCAAGCUCUGAAGCCCAUGUAUCGGAUGAUGAACGGCAUAGGCUUCGGCACUUCCAUUCUGCCACAGAGUUUUGACUUCCAGGCUCCAUCCGCCUCCCUCGCCUGUCACAGCAACAGCUACAACUUGGACAUGAUGAGCAAUUCAAUGGCCGGGGGAUACGACGGGCUGAGCAGCGGCCACCACGUACCCCACAUGUCUCCCAGCCCCGGAUCCACAUACAUGGCGAGCUGUCCCGUGCCGGCCAACGGGGAGUACGGACCGGACAGCAGCAGCAGCCCCGUACCGUCCUCUCCAGCCAUGGCCAGCGCGCUGGACGGCCACUCCCCGUACGCCAGUACAUCCGCACACUGGGCGUCCUCCGGCGGGUCCCCCUACAUCAAACAGCAGUCUCUAGCCUCCAGCAGCCCCGCAUCCUCUGGUUUACACUCCGGCAUGUCGCCUUACUCCCUGGAGCAGAGCUACCUUCACCAGAACGGCAGGGACAGCCACUCUACCGACAUAUCAGUGGGAAUCCCGCGUUAUCAGAGCCAUUCCUCCGUGUGCGACAGGAAAGAUUUUGUGUUGAACUUUAACGGCAUCUCCUCUUUCCACCCCUCGGCUGGCGGAUCCUACUAUCACCAUCACCAUCAUCAUCAUCCUCAGAGCGUCUGUCAGGACAUCAAACCCUGCGUGAUGUGA